GACUUUUCGACUCGGUCUAGUCCGCUCUGUCCACAAAUGAGUGGCGAGGCGAGUAUUACAUAACACCCUGUGUACGCGUGUAUAAAAAUGAGCGAUUCGGAAUCUACAGUCGGGGUGUAUGAAUAAUCUAGAUGCGACACAACCGGAAGUAGCCAGUUUCUAACGCGACAGCGCUCGCGUCGCAGUUCCACUUGUUUACGUCUCGUCGGAGUUUGUUUGAUUACAUCCCGAGCAGUCAACUGACCGGAGGAAGAAGAAGACAUCCCGAGCGAAGACUACUCCGGUUUAUAUCGAAAGUGCAACGGAAAGCAAUCGUCGAGAAUGAUUCCAGCCUGCGACACCCUGAGGAUCCUUCAUCUGCCCCCGCAACUCUCUGACGAACGGCGCGACGAGCUGAUGCAAAAGUACGGGGCGAUCAAGACCAGAACGUUGCGACCGUCUGGCAGGUACACCGUCACCUUCGCCAAAUUCCCAUCCCAGCAGUUCGCGUCCGAGGCCCUGCUGCGUCUGCAUCAGCUCAACGUCCGGGGUCAAUACCUGACGGUCGAAUAUGCCAAGAGAUCUGUGCCCGCCGAGCUUUCCGAGCUGGGCGUCGAACCCAAAGCGCCGGCGUGCGGGGACGCGAAGACGGAAACCGUCAGCCAGUCUCACGUCCAGGCGUUCCUGCGAAGGUUGAACAGUUGGACGAUGAGCCACGAGUUCAGUCAGCCGCCUCCGCCAAACCUGAGGUACAAGUAUCUGACGCCGACGAGGAGCACAUUGACCAGGAUAGCCGUGCAGUUGCUGACCCAGCCGGCCUUUUACACGCAGGUGUUGCACUUGAUGAACAAGAUGAAUCUGCCGCCGCCCUUUGAGGAAUUGGAGGUGGAGUUUCCUAUGCUCAGGGAAGUGUACGACAUGGAGAAGUACAAAGAUAUAUUCCACGAGCGCGCGAACGAAGAGGAGACUGAGGAAGAGGAGUCUGAAUUAGAGUCAGACGGGGAGGGUAACGCCCGACCUCUAGAAGUCAUCCCUGUUAAGAGGAAACGGCCGCAGUCCACGAGACGUUUGAAGAUCCCGAAGUUUGUCAAUCCCGCGAAAAGUAUCGCGACUCCUUCGUCGUCGCAAAAAGUAUUCAAGCCGGAAGACCUGUUCGAGUCCGUUCAACGCGGAGAGGCGAAAAAUCUCAAGAUUGAACUGAGAACUCUGGACACGUCGCUCGAGGCCACGUCUGCCAGUCGAGACAGCGCCGUGGCCGUGGACAGCAGCGGAUUCGGUUUAAUAUUCCCGCUUAAUAAACCUACCGAGGAAACGCAGAAGAGUAAGUUUAUAACUUCCGAGGAAUUGGCGGCCAACAAGAUCUCCGCCAACGAUCAGAGAGUGCUUCCCGUGUUCAAAAAUUAUCACCCGGGCAAGCCUUCCAAUCGCCUCUACAUAAAGAAUCUCGCGAAGCAAGUGGAGGCGAAGGAUCUGCAUUAUAUUUAUCAAAGAUACGCCAUCGCCGGAUUGAAAGAUAUCGAAAAUGAGUACGACGUGCGCCUCAUGCAAGAAGGCAGAAUGAAGGGACAAGCCUUUAUCACUUUACAGAAUGACGUGCAAGCAAAGAUGGCCCUCGAAGAAACGAACGGAUACAUAUUGAAGGAUAAACCUAUGGUUGUGCAAUUCGCCAAAGUUGCUAAAAGUUAGACCUCUACUUCAACUUAAUUUAUCUCGCGAUAUUACAAUUAAAUCGUCAGCUAACAACUUUUUAAGAGACAAACUGUUGGAAUAAAUAACGCAAGAGUCGCUGCGAAUCGGA